AUGAUCACCAAGAUCCCAAAAACAGGCGCCACUUUCAACAGCAGAUUCGUUGCUCUGUCGAUAGGACUCACUUUCGGGGCCGUCUGGGGAGUGUGGCUUAUGAACAAGAAUUAUGUUCUGGUGGAGAAAAUUGAACCCGAGGAGAAACCCAAGGGCUUUUCGAUCAAGUUUGUGGAUGCCACUCCUCUUAAAUCAAAGAAACAGCUCAUACAGGAGCGAGCCGAAGAGAUCCGGCAGCAAGAGGCAGAUAGUAUUACUUCGUUCCUCGUUCAGUCCGAUGAAAAGAAGUGA